CAGAUCCACAGCGCACACGAGUCAGAUCUCUGAGGUCGCCAUCCAGCCCUGGGAUCCCUGCAGAACCCCUGCACCCUCUCACAGCAGCCAUGAGUAAGAAUGCUGAUGAUCAUCUGAUCAAAGAUGCCCUGGAGCAGCUGAGAUGUCACUUUACAUGGGGGCUGUUCAUUGAUGAUGCUGAAAUAUCUGAGUUAGAAAGCAGCAUCACAGAAGAAGCUGAAUUGCAAGACAAAUACAGUGUGGGACUACACAACCUACUGGGCUACAUGCAACAUCUACAGGGCAAGAAUGAUGAUGCCCUGGAUAGUUUGAACAAGGCUAGAGAGUCACACCAAAGAGAGCACAUUAACCAAUUGGAUGUGAGAAGCCUGGUGACCUGGGGCAACUAUGCCUGGGUGUAUUACCACAUGGGCAGAUGGGAAGACACACAGAAGUACCUGGACAAGGUGCAGGAGAUUUGCAAGAAGUUUGAAGAUUCUUCCUGCUAUAGAGUGGAGUGUCCUGAGAUGGACUGUGAGGAAGGAUGGGCCUUGCUGAAGUGUGGAGGAAAGCACAAUGAACGGGCCAAGGCCUGCUUUGAAAAGGCUCUGGAAGUGAACCCUGAAAACCCGGAAUUCAACACCGGCUAUGCAAUUGUCACCUACCGCCUGGACUACUCAGCCAAAGGGCUAAACGAUAUCAGCGAAGCCUUCUCUCUUCCUCCCCUCAGAAAGGCCAUCAGCCUCAACCCACAAGAUGGGUACCUGAAAGCUCUCCUUGCUCUGAAGCUGCAGAAUGUGGGAGAGGAAGCAGAAGGAGAAAAGCACCUUGAAGAAGCUCUGAGCCAUGGGUCCUCACAGACCUACGUGUUCUGGUACGCAGCCAAGUUUUACCGCAGACAGGGUCAUCCAGAUAAGGCUCUGGGGUAUUUAGAAGAGGCCUUGAAGGCAACACCCAAGUCUGCUUCUCUUCAUCACCAGAUGGGACUUUGUUACAGGAAGCAAAUGAUGCAAAUAAAGAAGUCUACCAACUGGCAGCCUCGAGGUCAGAGUAAAAGAGAAGUGGACAGAUUGAUUAAGCUAGCUAUAGACAAAUUUCAAAAGGCUACAACACUAAAACCCACAUUUGAAAUGGCUUAUGUUGACCUCGCUCAGAUGUAUGCAGAAAUAGGGCAGUGCGGAGAGGCUGAGAAACAUUUUCACAAAGCACUAAGCAUCAGAAACAUCGAGGAUCAAAUCCUGCAAGACAUUCAUUACCACUAUGGCCAAUUCCAACAGUAUCAUAGGAAAUCUGAAGACAAAGCAAUCACUCAGUAUUUAACAGGCUUAAAAAUAGAAAAGAUGUCCUAUGCCAGGGAAAAACUCCUCAAGGCUUUACAGAGAGUGGCAGAAAGAUGGGAUUGCCAGGAGAUACGAGUUGUGGAAGCCAAAAGCCUCCUUGGGCUCAUUCACAAAUUGAGAGGGGAGCUGAAGGAGGCCUUGCUGUGUUAUGAGGAGGCUCUGAGACUGGCUACUGACCUCAAUGCCAUGUUCUGAAAUGGGGAUCACCACUUUCUAAUUAAUGUAUUCCUAACAAAUCAUAAAGUAAUUUUUCCUAAUCUCUGCCAUCUGAAGGGUAGAACUGAGAUGGGCUUUUGGUGUAGCACUUGACAUGAUGUGAGAGAUUUCUACUAGAUCUCUGAUUGCUUGACCUAUGUGGGAGGUCAUAGGCACACAGCACAAUGUGUCCCUGGAGGAACCCCAAACUAUUGUUUUAACUAACAAAGACCUCAUCCUAGCCUGUUCAUUGGCUAUACAGGUGAGAGCGGUAGAUUGCACCCCAGUUUCUCUUCUUUGUCCUUGGAUGAGCUAUGCUGGGAUUUCCCUGACAAGCAACUCUGAGAAGUAGCUGUGGUCCCAUGUUGCCUAAUAGCCACAUGUGGUGUGCGUGACCUUCAGCUGACCUGCAGCCACACAUGGUGAACUUGACCUGUGGCAUAUGUCUGUCUGCCAGCUAUGCAUGUUGUAUGUGACCUGUUAUGAGAUUGGAGAGUUCAGAGAAAUAGGCAUGACUUCUAGCCAAUUACAGUGUCAUUGUUGGGUGAGGACUGUCAGGAGACUACCUUCUGCCUUCCUCCUUUCUUAGUCUAUAUAAGUUUGUGUUUGCA